AGUAGCAUUUAUCUAUUGUUCUAUGGACAGCAAAGCCUUUAUUUGGACUUGUUUGACAAGAACGAUAUCCCGGCAACCAGGUCUUGUAAAUACAAAAUGAAUCAACUGAAACAAGAAAGCAAGUAGCGCUGGAUAACUCUGCUUGGGAGGGGGCAGAGGGUAGGAAGGUCGGUCACUACCCUUCUCGGCCCUUUUUGCGAUGGGCUUACAAAAGUGUGGAGGCUGUUUGAGUUGUCUGCUAAUACCCUUAGCAGUUUGGAGUAUUGUUAUAAAUAUCCUGCUAUAUUUUCCGGAUGGGAAAUCUUUAUAUGCAUCGAACAAUGAUCUCACCAACUAUGUGUGGUAUUUUGAAGGAAUCUGUUUCUCUGGCAUUAUGAUGCUUAUGUUGGCAGCACUUUUAAUAAUCCUGGACCAGGAUUCCUUCCAUACAUGCUGCCAAAAUGAGAGCUGUACCAAAACAUACAGGCGUUUCAUUUCAGUUGUGCUUGCCCUGCUAGGGAUCUCAUUCUCUGGAUAUAGUCUCAUCAUAUCAGCACUGGGCUUAGUGCAGGGCCCAUACUGCAGAACACCAGCUGGAUGGGAAUAUCCCUUCAAAGAUACCGCAGGAAGUUAUCUCAUGGAUCCCACUGUGUGGUCUCAAUGCUCUGAACCAGCUUAUAUAGUGGAAUGGAACAUCAUUUUGUUUUCUAUCCUGAUAACUCUUAGCGGCUUACAGAUAUUGAUAUGCUGUCUGAAAGUGAUUGCAGAGUUAAAGCGGAUACUAUGUGGGACCUAUCCUGUUUUUGUGCAGCCUGCACUGAUCUGAAAGGAAAAGCGAACAUGCCAUCAUACAUUUUUGAUGUGGUUGAUAUUAGGGUGGUGUUAAGUGUUUUAUUUGCUUUGCUACAGUUCUUUUUACACAUUCAUCCACAUUUCUGUGGCUUAUAGGAAGUAACUCCUAUAUCCUUUUUCCACAUGUGGUUUACAGUGCUUCACACACUUCUGAGCAAGUGCACAGUCUUUGGUAUGACUGCACUUUCUUGUUCUCUCUUUUUACCUUCCUUGUGUUUCUUCCCUAUUUAAAAUGCGAGACCCCUGUCUUGCGGCCUUCUGUAUUUGCAUAUUAUAAAGUACUGUAAUAUAUCACGGAUGGUGCAUGAAUAAAUAUUUGGUUCAUAGGAA